AUGGACCCUGAGGAGGUCCAGAUGGAUCCUGUCAUCCGCCAGGAGCCAGGGCUGCUGGGAGCAGUGACAGCUGCCCUGUGUGUCAGCGUCCUCUCUGCCUGCCUCUUCUCCGUGGGGACCCUCCUGAACCUCACCGUGAGCGACCAUGGCCGGUCAGACUCCCUCCUUCUGUCCUGGGAUGAGCCAGACGGGGGGGCUGAGGGAUAUUCGCUCACCCUCUCCUCCCUGGGUUCUGGCACACCACUGCAGAAUGGAUCUGCUGGACCCAACAUCACCAACUUCUGGUUCCACGGGCUGACCCCUGGCAUGCACUACGAGAUUGAGGUGACAGCCACGCUCGCCUGCAUGGAGACCACCAGCCAGACAGUCACAGCACAGACAAGUCCUUCACCGGUCCGCAACCUGAGCCUAAGCAGCAGCGGGAGCUCUGCUGUGCUGCAUGCGUCCUGGGUGCACGCCCACGGGAAGCGAGAUGGCUACCACCUUGCCCUCUACCACAGUGACUCCCAGACACUGGUCAGAAAUGUGUCCAUCCUGCCAAACGCCUCCACGUUCCUGUUUGACGGGUUGCUGGCUGGCAGCGAGUACGCCUUGAAGGUCAGCACGCUGGCUGGAUCCAGCCAGGCAAGCACCAGUACCCACCAGUGGACAGCUCCCUCCAUGCCCACCCAGCUGCGGCUCAGCCCGGGCUCCAGCCCCAGCCUCGUCGCCUCCUGGGCAGACGCAGCGGGGGCUGCCUGGCUUCACCUCGCGCUCCACAACCUCCUCACCCAGACGGUGACCACCACCCUGUCGGUGGCCCUGGAUUUCCCCCAUGCCUCUGACCCCCUGAGCCCUGGCAAUGUGACCCUGAGCAGUGCAGAGGAGCAGGGCUCCUUGCAGGCUCGCUGGAGCACUCCCGCGGGGCAGAGGGACUUCUACCUGGUGACGCUGCAGGAGGGAGAGGACGGUGCUCCGACGAGGAACAUCUCUGUCGGCGGAGACAACGGUCACGUCACCUUCCACGGGCUGAGCCCUGGGAAGCAGUACUCUGUCCAGGUGACAGCGGUGGCUGGGCCGUACCGGGCAUCAGCCCGCAGCACAGCAGCCUGGACACAGCCACUGGCACCGUCUGCUGUGAGUCUGUCCAGCCAGGGCAGCCCCGACAGCCUGGUAGCCAUCUGGGAGGAGGCCAUGGGAGAGGGCUACACACUGGCCCUCAGCCCUGAGGAGCACCCUGUGAGGAACAGCUCGCUGCUCAGAGGUGUCACCAACUUCACCUAUGAGGGCCUCCGCCCUGGGACCCUCUACACCUUUGAGGUCAGCACCGUGGCUGGCCCCUACACGUCCUCAGCCCGGCGCAUCACCAACUGGACACAUCCUUUGCCUCCAGAGCAGUUGAACCUCACCAACCAGGGCCACAGCACAUCUCUGCAAGCCUCCUGGAGAGCAGCUCCCACUGGCAGCACCGGCUACACCGGCACCCUCCGGGAAACCAAGUCCCAGGAGCGGGUCAGGAACAUGACUGUGGGGAACAACUGGACGAACGUCACCUUUGAGGGCCUGGUCCCUGGGCGACAGUAUACACUGGAGAUGGCUGCUAUGGCUGGACCUUACAGAUCCCCUGUGCGAUCAGCCACAGACUGGACAUACCCCCUGGCCCCGGCUGGAGUGACCCUCACCAACACCAGGCGCCCGCUGGGACUCUCUGCCUUCUGGGACAAGGCUGCUGGUGACGUGGACCAGUUCCACCUCCAGCUCUACAGCAAGAGCCAUGCAGCACAGAGGAACAUCUCAGUGGGGCCAAACACCCGCAACUUCACGUUCCUGGGGCUGUCCCCUGGCAUUCAGUACUUCCUGAAGGUGACCGUCCUCGCUGGCCCAUACAGAUCCUCAUCACACUUUGCCACCGAGUGGACAUAUCCACUGUCUCUGGCUAACGUGAGUGUACAGCCUGGCCGGAGACCCCAGGAGCUACAUGUGAGCUGGGUGGAGUCAGGCGGUGGCAGAGAGCACUUGGUACAGCUCUCGGUGGCUGAGUCCCUGUCCGUCAUCAGGAAUGUGUCUGUCCCCCGUGGAGUCAACCAGCUUGACCUGGAGGGGCUGGUGCCAGGGUCCCGAUACCGCGUGGAGAUCAUUUCUCAGGCUGGGCCUCAUCGCAUCUCCUCUCAGACUGCCAUCGGCUACACUGCCCCACUAUCUCCACUUUCCCUGUCGGCAAGCCCUGUCAGCACUGCCUGGGCUCUGGCUGUGCACUGGGAGACCCCUCCUGGGCAGAGGGAUGGAUACCUGCUCAGCGUGCAGGAGGAGGGCUCUUCUGCACCAGCAAGAAGCCUGGAAGCAGGGAAGGACAGCACCAACGUCACCCUGGCACAGCUGGAACCGGGAACCUGCUACCUUGUUGGGAUCUGGGCAGUAGCUGGACCCUACCGCUCCCUCCCCAAGAACACCACCGGCUGCACGGUUCCUGCUGCACCGAUGAACCUGAGCCUUACCAACCCAGGCAGCUCCUCAGAGCUUUACAUGUGCUGGAACAAGUCCCCUGGCAGGAGAGACCACUACCGUGUUAUUCUGUAUAGCCUCAGCAUCCAGGGCAGGGAUCAGGUCCAAACUUUGGGUCCAGAUGCCCAGAACAUCACCUGGACUCACCUGGAGGCAGGCAGCAAGUUUGCCGUGCAGGUUGUUGCCGUGAAAGGCUCAUUCGAAGCUGCCUCCACCAACGUCACACAAUGGACACAUCCCUUGGCUCCUGCCAACCUCACCCUCCGCAGCCCCUCUGCCUCCACGCUGCAGGCCUCCUGGGCAGCAGCGGGGCGAGGAGCAGAAAGCUACGUGGUGGAAGUCUGUGACACAGCCUCCAGCAGUGCUGGGCGCACGGUGCUGGGUGGGGAUGCCAGGAGUCACAUCUUCAGGAACCUGAGCCCCGGCACCCGCUACAGCGUGUCGGUGAGGGCCACAGCGGGGCCCUUCCACAGCAGCACCCCCAGCCUCACCCACUGCACACGCCCGCUGCCCCCGGCCACCGUGCGCUUGCUGAGCACGGGGCACCCCGACCGGCUUAGAGCGUUCUGGGGACCCGCGGCCCGGGGGCGGGCAGGGCCGACGCCGCAGGCAGCAGCACCCAACAUCAGUGGCUGGACACACCCCCUGGCACCCCGCAACGUGCACAUGACGAACCAGGGGUAUCCCAACAGGCUGAGCGCAUCCUGGCGAGCUGAACCCCAAGGACAAGACAGUUACAGGCUCCUCCUGUACCACUCAGGAGCAGGUACUGUGGCAGCCAACGUAUCUGUUGGGAAAGGCACCAGCAAAUUCACCUUUUCUGGCCUGGCUCCGGGACACAAAUACCUGCUGGAAGUGGUGUCCGUGGCAGGGCCCUACGCAGCCUCCGCCGGGAACAUCAGCGACUGGACAACCCCCUCAGUUCCCACAAAUCUCUCUGCGGUGGCUGAAGGGAACAGCACGAUGCUGAUCUCCUGGGGCAGUGUCUCUGGAGAGCAGGACGACUGCCAGCUGUGGCUGCGGGAUCCCAGGAACAGCACGCUGCCCUGGCGGCACGCGCUCGGCAGAGGGCAAGGCCAGCACCUCCUCCAAGGACUGAUCCCUGGGAGGAACUACUCCGUCUCCUUGAACUGCGUGGCUGGGCCCUAUUGGAGCAGCACCAAGAUCUUGGCAGUGCCAAUGGAGCCAAACCCAGUGGAGGAUGUGCAAUGCCUGCCAGAUUCAAGAAGCCUUUACCUGAACUGGACCAGCUCUCCUGGAGAUGUGGAGGCUUAUGAGGUGGUGACAGAGAGACUCUCUGACGGACCUCCUACCUCCAAGUAUGUCAUGAGCAUCCCUACAAACGAGGCCAGUCUGGAGGGGCUGGGGCCAAACUCGUCGUACCGAAUCGUUGUGAGAACAGUGGGCAUGAACACAAUGAAGAGCCAGGCUGUGACUCUGCUCUGCAACACAACAGUGGAGGCCUUGCCUCCACCCCUGCGAGCAGACAUCUUCCAGGUGGAGGCCAGCUCCACGGUUAUCAUUUCAUCCGACCUGUUCAGCGAGGAGAACGGCCAGAUUGAGUAUUAUGGUGUCGUUGCUACCACUAAUGAUUCACUGCUGAGGCCCACCCAGGAAAUCAUGUCCAGCACAUGGUAUGACCACUAUUAUGGGACAGAGGACUCCUAUCUGGCUGUGCUAAUCCCCAAUCCCUUCCAUCCGAGCCCCAGGAGCUCCCCCGAAACCUGGCGAGUGUCAGUGGGAACAGAGGAGUGCGGCCAGUCCAGGGCAACGUGCAACGGGAAGCUGAAAGCCAACGAACAGUACAGGUUCAGCAUCGCUGCCUUCACCAGAUAUGACCCUGUAGCCCCUGCAGUGACGUUCACCAUGUUCUCAGCUGCUGGAUCCGGUGCAGAUGCAACUCCACUCUCAAUGCCAAUAAUUGCUGGGAUCGUCUUGGGAUUUCUUUUGACACUGGCAGCUAUUUUUGCUUUGGUCUACUGGAGACAGCUCAGAGCAAAGAGAAACAAGAAGAGCAGCCUGCCCCAGGAAAUGGUGACCUACAGCUUGAGAAACGUCCAUCGGCCAAUUCCCAUACAGAACUUCAAGCAGUACUAUGAGAUGAAGACAGCAAGUGCUAACCACGCAUUUUUCCAGGAGUUUGAGGAGCUGAAGGAAGUUGGGAAGGAUCAGCUGAAGGUGGAGGCUGAGCUACCAGCCAACGUUUCCAAGAAUAGAUAUGCCCACGUGCUGCCCUAUGAUCACUCUCGGGUCAAGCUGAGCCAGUUGGGGGAGGAUCCACACUCAGACUACAUCAAUGCGAACUUCAUGCCUGGCUAUACAUCCCAGCAGGAGUUCAUUGCCACCCAGGGACCCCUGAAGAAAACGAUAGAGGACUUCUGGAGACUGGUGUGGGAGCAGAACGUCUGCAACAUCAUCAUGCUGACAGUGUGCAUGGAGAACGGGCGGGUCCUCUGUGAUCAUUACUGGCCAUCUGAAUCUGCCCCAGUGUCCUACGGGCAGGUCCGGGUCCACCUGCUGACACAGAGCAGCUCCAACGAGUGGACCAUGCGUGAGUUCAAACUGUGGCACGAGGGUCUCCAGGCAGAGCGGCACGUGUCCCACAUGCACUACACAGCAUGGCCAGACCACGGGAUCCCGGAGUCCACCACUUCCAUUAUGACCUUCAGAGAGCUGGUCCGGGAGCACAUCCAGAGCACCAAGGACGCGGGGCCGACCCUCGUGCACUGCAGGUCCUGCCCCAUCCCGCUGAAGACCUUUGCUCAGCACUACGCCCAGAAGGCUGCCAAGUCCCAUGUGGGCUUCCUGAGGGAGUACGAGACCCUCCUUGAGGUUGUCAAGGAAGAAGCCAGCUCUGCAACACCAUCUUCAGGCAACCAGCAGACACGGCCCUCUUCCAGCAUCCUGCCAUAUGAUCGCUCUAGAGUGAAGUUUUCCCUGCUGGAACAGGGCCCCUUCUCAGAUCUCCUACAGGUGUGGCGUGUCCCGGGCUGCAGCUCCAGCAGGGAGUAUCUGGCUGUCCAGGGGCCUGACAAGUUGACCAUGGAGGACUUCUGGACCCUGGUGUGGGAACAGGACGUUCACACCAUCCUAACACUUCUCGCAUGGCAGGAGCAGGGUGAGGUCCCAAGUGAGGCAUGCUGGCCCCUGGAAGGAGACUCUCUCUGCACAAAGAUGCUGACCAUCCAGUGUGGCACAGAGAAGCUUGCCUCUGGAUGGAGGUGUAUCCAGCUCAAAAUGAAGCACGAGAAGAAAGCAAAGGAGAGGCAGGUACAACGGUUCCUAUACAAGCUCUGGAGCAGCAAGAAGCAGCCAGAUGUCCAGGACCUGGUGGAGCUCCUCACUGCUGUCAGACGAUGCAUGCCCCACCGAAAGAGAGCCGGUCCUCUGCUUCUGCACUGCAGUGGUGGCAUGAGCCAAAUGGGGACACUGAUCUCCUUGGAUUGCCUGUUGCACCAGAUGAAAGCUGAGAGAAUCGUGGACAUCUACGGGGUGACUCUCCAGCUGACACGAAGCUGCUGUCUCAUGACCCCAACUCUGGACCAGUACAUGUUCCUGUACACCUGCAUCCGGGACAUCAUCGCUCAGAAACAGCCCUAA